AUGUCGGAGAAAUGGAUUCGGGGAAGUGGGCCGUCGAGUAAAUGGUUGUCGAGGAGUGGAUUGUCAGUGAAAUGGGCUGUCGGCGAAAUUGGUGUCGACGAAGUAGGCGUCGGGCCUUAUAUCUAA